AUGUGGACUUCAGGAGUCUCACAGUGCUCAGAUGGUAUACGAACAACAUCAUCGGGAUCCUCCAGUCCUGAAGCCUCUUUGCGCACUCCCUCGUCCCCCGGAGACCUCUUCUGUUUCCACGACAAAACCGAAGCGUCAUGUGCUCCGACAGAUAUCCGAACGCCGCAGGGCCAGGCAUCUGGCGCGACGGAUGCUGCUGAAAACUGUUUUUUCCUGUCUUCCUGUCCGCGCCCCAAGGCUCUCCAUCAAACGCCACAGUCCGCUAACGGGAUGCCCCGACAGUGUGUUGCUUUCUCGGAAGACUCGGCGCUGCCACUGAGUCUCGAAUUAUCAUCCUCUGCACCGGCUGCCGGCGCUGGUCAAGAGAGCCCUCCAAGCCGUCCAGGUCGAGUACGCCUCGGGAGCUCGUCGUAUGCCUGGAACCGAGCUCCGCUGCAGAGGCCGCUUCUCGCACGGACAAGGACGGUAGCGACCCCGUCCUGCCAGACAGGCCUUGUGCCAAAUGCGCACGAUUUCGUUCGCGUUCUCCGACGACCGACGACGCAGGCUGCCCGGCAAAACACAACGAAAGUAUUAUGCGGAUCGUCCGUACCCUACUGCACCUCUCGAGCCGUCCCCCGCUCGGAAAGAAAUAUUGCUUUGCAUCCUAGCCAGCGUCACUUGGAAUGCCAUUCCGGCACGCACGGAUCAGAUGCAAUUUCGAGAAAAACCCCGCGGCCGUCAACGGCCUUUUCUUCUACGCGAUCUGAGGCAGCAGCGACAGGUACUGUGGGACUGCCUCCUCCUCAUACGUCACCGAGCGUCGGACGGCAUUCCGCAUCUGCUUAUCCUGUAGAAUCGCCAUCAGCGAGACGGCCAUUGCCGCCGUUGCGCGUGGACUCAGAGGCCGUAUGCGGUGACUUGGAACUCGAAUCAAGGUCGUACUUGGAGAGCCGCCGUGGCUCAGUGCAAGCUCCUCGACCGCAAAACCGAUUAGAGAGACCCUCGAGUGAUGUUGUUCCAGGUAAGCCGCCCCAAUCGAUCGCGGCUCUUGGUCUUGCGCCGGUGACGUCUGAGCCUCCGGAUUCCAGGUUCCUCUCUCUCGGCAGGCCGAAAUCUCUACCAAGAGGCUCCGCUUUGCCGCCUCAGUUGAAAGGAACUCAGGAUCCCGGCUCGGGGUCAGGGUCGCAGGACCCGGUUUCACGCGAAGCCAGGUCGAUAGUCUGCACGGACGCUGCGAAGGCAGCCGCCGAGAAGGCCAAAGCUGCGGCAGCGGCGGCCGCCGCGGCUGCGGUCGCAGCGGCCUUACAGGCGGAGGAGACAGCACGCCCUACAACGCGCUCUUCUCUCUCCCUGAACGGUAGUAAACAAACAUGGCCUGACGCGGAGCCGGGUGCGGGGCUGUCUCAAGGCAUGACGAACCUCCUCCUCACUGGAGAGCAUCGCGCGAUGGUCGGCGCGGGCGUCGGACAUAUCCGUAGAGCCAGCGUUUCGCUGACGCUUCCGCGCUUCGGGAGCCCAAACAAAACGAGCGGAGCCCCACAAUGCCGCAUGCAGAUGCAGAAGGCAUGUGAUGGCGACGGAUACGUCUCGAGAGACGCUGACGCAGGAACACGCCAGCAGACACGAGGGGGCAGCACCGGGGAUGAAGGACAUGCACAUAGGCAGGAGAUCGAAUGCCAGCUGGAGCAGAAAUCCCCUACAGCCUCGCCGUUAGAAGACGCCGUGAACGCGUUCGGCCCCUCUCCUUUUUCGCUGCCACCUGCUGCUGCGCGCGCACCGUCUUUCGCCGAUACUGUCACAAUAGAAUUCUCGCUUAAUGGGGCGGACAUCGAGAACGAACGACGGGCUGAUGCUCGAACUGAAGCGCCUCCGGCUGCGCAGGCGCCGCCCCUCGCGGCAGACGCAGGAGGCAGAGCGCAAAAUCUACAGAACUCCUAUGGAGGCGCCGAAGACGAUGAUCUAAGAGACACGCAAACGUCUCCUCCGCGAGCCAGCAGACGGAGGCCUCUGGAGCAGCCCUCCACGGCGUUCCUGGGCAUGCCAAAAGGAGCCCCUUGCAGUCACGCGGGCGCGUCCCCCGCGGAUGUCUCUUUCGAGGCGUGCCGCAGCGCGCCGUUGAAGCCCGCGACUCCACAGAACGGGAGCGCUACUCACACGCACGUCCAAGACCGAUUUGCCGCUGGAGGCCCAGGCGCGACUGGGAAACUUGCGUCAGACGGAGUGAGGACGAAUCGCCCGAAGCAUCAACAAAAUGAGCCACGAAACCUCAAAGAGACCUCACCAGAAGUCCUGGAUGUGCCCCUCGACACACAAGACCGAGUCCGCCGCGACCAGCGCACAGUGCCCUCGCCCACGCUAGGUUCACUCGCCUCGAGCGAGGAGACAUCUCAGGGAAGUGGCGGCGGAAGUCAAGUCGAACGCUGCAGAGAGGUGUCGAGGGAAAGCGGCACGAAGCGCGUGACGCGGUGUGGAAAUCACCAGGAAAAACAGUCAGAAAGGGCGUCCUCAGCACCCGCCCGCACGGUGGUUGCUGAUGGAGUGAAAUACGGCGAAAGAGACGUAGUAAUGAGAGAAGCCGCUAGCCCCGUUAAAUCUAGGGCGGCAACGCCGACGGGUUGCCCUAGGACGCAGGCAGACUGCGACCGCUUCGGAGUCGCAGGCAAGUCAGACUCGCCUCCCUCUGCUCGCGCAUCGGCGCCUGCGGAGCCCAGGGUUUCCCCCAGUCUGUCCAACGAAUCAGCUAACGGAGAUGGAAGAGACCUUGCCACGGGGCUGAGAGGUUUGCAGCAAAAGGACUCUUCGCCGGCAGCCAGGCGGAGAGGCCAGGCGCGCGAAGCCCAAGACCCCAGCGGAACGUCUCCUCACUCUGGCCGUCCCUGCGCGUCUUCCGCCUCUGCACUUUCGACUUCAUCAGCUCGCGCGUCUUCGUCGUCUUCCUCCCCUCCUACGUCGUCUGGAGUCGCUCGACCGAGUUGGGCGUAUAAGGCACACCGCUCUUCGUCUUGUCCCUCUGAUCUAGGUCGAGGCGUGGCGGCUUCCUCCCCUCCCGCUCCUUUGUCAUGCUCUGUCGCUUCAGCUGCCGCGCGAGCUCCUGUCUCGCGGUCGCGGCCUUCUGCGUUCACUGUCUGGUCGGUGUUCAUCGAGAGCGAGUCAUCCAAAGCACAGGCGACGGGCAGCACGCCCCCUGGAGCCCGCGGCGGAGAGAGCUUCGAAGACUUGACUGACGGGGCCACAGAGACGCCGGAAGACGAGAGGGACGCCGGAGACGCCUCCGGGAGACGGCCAGAAGCUGAAAAGCCACCGCCCUCGCUAGUGACGGCAUGCGCAGACCUAGCAGACGCCGGCUCCCCUCUUCGCUUCCCUCUCGCCGCGUCUCCCCUCAGAGUGGACAGGAGAUUGAGCCCGCAGCUCUCACCGACAUUUGGAGUCAGACGCGAAGACACGCGACGAGACAAAGAACUCGAAGGAGACAGCGACGUCCGCGGAGCCGCCACCUGCGACGUCACACUCGGCGGCGCGCCAGCCCCGGCUCCGAAGCUAUCCCCCUUGUCGUUCACCGAGCCCAGAAUUCCAUGCUUUUCUGGCGGUCCGAGAGUUCCUCCGGAUCCACCGCCGCUAGAUUCGACGGCUUCGCACGCUUCCGCACAGUCUCAGGCUGGCUGUGCGUCGCUUGCAAAUGCCUCGUCUCCUCUGCAUGCCCCCUCAUCGCCACCGUGUCUCUUGUCCGCCGAUUUGAGCCCCUCGCUCGGUGUGCCGGUGCAGCCGUCCGCGUCUGUCUUGGCUUUCCGGUCGGUGUUUCCUUCCACAGAGGCGCGUCGCGAUCCGCUGUGCGACCAGCCAUUGGCCUCCCGCACCUUCCUCUCUCCGUCCUUCCCGUCGUCCUGCGAGCCGCCUUCGUCCCCCGACUUCACCACCGCCUACGACGAGUCUACCGCGGCGACAACCGUCGCGCCAUGCCCCGCUUCGUCGCCUUUGCCUUCGCGCCGCCUGCGAACCGACGCAGCCGCGCCAGCCGCGCCCGCGGCUCCAUCGCACGACGGCGCAACGGUGGAUCAGAAAGUUUCUUGCCAGAGAGCUGUGGAGGCCGUCUCAGCCGCCGCGCCCUGCACUUCCGGCGCCUUGCCGGGCUCUUCUGCAGCGGCGACUCGGCGUCCUCUGCUGCCUCUGGACGAGAUUUCUGCGUACUUUGCAGAGGAACUGCGACAGCUUCCCAAGGAUCCGAGGUUCUGCUGCUCGCCACACCUCCACGACCCCCAGCCGUCAUCAGUCCUGCUGCAUCCAAUCGCACCGUUUUCUCCUCUUUCGUCUGCCUCGCGCUUACCCCUCCCUUGUGUCGCGUCUGCGAAUUCCGCUGCGACUUCGCCGCCCUCUCCGACGGAUGCAUUCAGAGAACUGCAGCCCUCUGCGACGGCGAGCGCCGCCUCAGGGACGCGAUCCGGCUUGGAUGACCUGUGGAAAGCUGACGGGGGACGUGGGCUGUCGACCAGGCAAACCGAAGGCGCCUCCGCACGGAGGAAGGACAAAGAUACCCUCGACGGCGGCCGCAAUGGCUGCCAAGAGCCUGCCGGCUGUACGGCUUCCAAGCGACGGCGACAGGAGUCGUUGUCAUCCGCUUUCUCGCCGGUUUCAGACUUCCUCUCCUCUCCGUCGUCCUCUCUCUUUGACUUUCCUUCUGCACCCGAAACGGAGACUGAGGGCGAGCUCUCUCACGGCGACCGCAGCCAGCGCGUUGCAGCCUCAAGAACCACCGACACAGAAGGCAAAAAAACAGCCCGCAAAGGGGAGGUGAUUUCAGCUGCCACUCUCGGAUCGUCUGCUGCCAACAAGCGGAAGAACACCGGAGUCCCCAGACGCAGGCGGCCCUGGUCACACUCCAACAGCUACGCGAACCGCACAGACGAAGGAGGCCGAGAGCAGGGAAGAGGGCUGCAGCGGCGGUGCAGAUCUCGUCGUGGACGCCGCCACGUCGACGCCUUGGGGAGCGCUAGCGAAGCGGAUUGCGCCUCUUCAGCAUCAGACCUGCUUGCGGAGGCCUCGCCUUUCUCGAGUCCCCGCCGGGCGUCGCAUUCGCGCUCAGCGUCAACCGCCUCGCUCUCGUUGCGCCACGCUCGCCCGUCGCCCGAGUCUCAUACGCUCUCUGCCUCGCUCCCAGCAUGGCCUUUCGGUCCUUGCGCUUCGUUUUCGCCUACGCCUCCGCUGGCGCCUAGUCAUUCGCUGCCUUCUGCCGCGGCGGAACUCUCUUACUCCCCCGUCAGACCUUCCUCUCGUCCCUCUGCUUCUGUUGCCGCUCCUUCCGCCCCCCAGCCGACCCACAGGUUGCCGCCGUCUACCUCGUCCUCGGCGUGCCAAGCGUGUGGCUGCGCUAGCCCACCAGACGCUUCUCACGCGACAGCUUCGAGCGCCGCGCCUCCGCCGACCUUUUCCUGGGGUCCGAUGUGUGCUGCGGCUCCUUGCUGGCCGUCUGCGUGUGCCUGUUGGUUAUUCUCUCCUCCGUGUCCUCUACCUGCGCCAGCGUCGGCUUCGAGUGUCUGUUCGUCUUCCUCGUCAGCCGGCGCCUCCGCCGCGUGCAGCUCGAGUUCCGCGUUGUAUCCCCCUGCAGCCCUCUCGGCGUCCUCAGUGCCUUGUUUCCCUUCCCCUGUUUCGGAAUUGCCGCUCGCCUUUUCGCCUUUAACAGAGGCUCGAUCUCCCGCUUCUGCUCCCCUGGAAGAGACCCUGUCUUCGCCGGCGCCUGGUGCUACGUUUACCGUGCCCAGGCCGGCGUUCGGCGACGCCUGCCUGCAGAAGGUAACACAUCAGAAAGGCGCUGCUGCCCUUCCGUCGCCAGCGCCAUGCGUCGCCCGUUCACAUGCGCCCUGCCUCCCUUCUGCGUCCUCCGCGUCGCUGACUAGCGCACCGCCACGCGGCGGUACCCCUGCAGGCGUGCCUCCUGCGGAAAGCCAUCCGUGCGAGUUAACGACGGCAGCCGAAGUCUUUAUGAGUUUUUCGUCCUCCACAUCGUCUCUCCCGGCUUCUGAGGCUGCUUCGUCUCCACCGGCUUCGUUUUCGCCUUCUGCGCCUCCCCCGUCGGUGCGUUCUUCCUUGUCGUCUUCAUCACCAUCCUUCGGUGUGAACGCUGCGCCCGCACCGCUGCGCAGCGACGCCGCAGAGUCGCCUCGCCUGCCGCGGGACGAGGGCGGGUUGGAGGUGAAGCCGAGGCACCAUGCAACAGUUGCUGCGGCGUCUCCUCCACUCCCGCCGUCUGCGCUCUCUCCGUGCUCGCUCGAGGAGCUCGAUGCGCUGCUUCGGGUAGACGCCCCUUUUCCCCCGUGGGAUUCGAAAAAAUCCGAGAAAGAAGCAGACGCGCAGAGAGCGCCAGCAGAGACUCAGGCAUUCACGCGCGACAGCAGCGGAUUGCGCGAGGCUCCGCGUUCCUCGGCGCGGCCAGAAACGACCUCACACGCGCCUGCCUGCCGGGGCUCGCCUGAACAUUUUCCAUCUGGCUCCCGCGCGCUUCGCCACGUUCCCUCCUCUUCUCGCACGUGCGAGUGGAUACAGAAACUCGCACAGCAGGAGGCGCAACUGGAUGAGAAACGGCUCGAGCUGCAGCGCCUAGAGAGCGCGCUGCAGCUGAGAGAGAAGGCACUGCGCGACAGAGAGAGACAAAAUCCGCCAACGGAGAAGGACACCCAGCGCGGAAGAAUCGACAGCGUGCGCGAGGCGGAGGUCGGAGACGGUCGCGGCGCUUGCAGCCUUCGCGGCCGCCGGCAACACUCGAGAGAAGAACCCGGAGCAGAGGGCGAUGGCAGGGAAGACGCGGAGCGAGCUGCGCAGGAUGUCUCUCAGGAGACGCCGGAGGAGCGAGAAGAGCGGCGACGCCUGCGGCUCGAGAAAGAAAAACUCUCUCACGCGAGGGAGCGCCUGAGAGCGGAGUGCGAGAGACAGCGCGCAGUGCACGCGAAGCAGAAGAAGGCGGCUGUCCAGCUGAGGAAGAAAGCGGAAGCUUUGAGAGAGAAGGUGCGAUAUGUGAGGAGGAAAGCGCAGCACGUCCACGAGCGCAGACGCGAACUCAGCGAGCAACGGAUGCAGAUCAAGGCACUUAUGGAGGCCAUUGAAGAAGAGAAAAACAGGGGAGAGCUGGUGCACAGGCACGUGUUGGCGAUGAAGGACGAGUCGACAAGAGAGAAGGAGGAGCUCCAGGCAGCGCGGGAAGAGACGCAGCGAGUGAACGACGAACUGGACGUUCAGAGAGAGACUUUGCGGCAAGCAAGUGAAGAACUUGAGAGAGAGAAAGAGCUCAUUGGGCGGCAAAGCGACGAGGUGGGAAGAAGGAAGGCACAGCUUGCAGUUGAGCAGGCAGAUGUAGCGAAAGGCAGAGAAGAGCUCGCGAGGGCGCUCGAGGCGCUACAGCAGCGCGAAACGCAGAUGAGAGGCGCAGAGGAGAGAUGUCGCGUUUGGGAGCAGCAGCUGCAGCAAGAAAAGGCCGAAUGCGAGAAAAGGAGACACAGCGUCGACGCGAGGUUAGAGGCCGUUCUCCGCCUGCAUCAUGAGUCGCCUGGGACCGGGCAAACGGGGGGCGGAGGAGAACUGGAGAGGCAAAACGAAACAACAGAAGAAGAUGAGACACACGCAAUGCAGGACGAAGAGACUCAAACGGAAGUGUUGGAGAUCAGGGAAGAAGGAGGGCGGCGAGGCAGCAAGGGGGGGACGGAAGACUCGCGAGGAGGCGACUGCGAGUCCAGCGAAGCCAGACAAGCGCCGGAGGGCGCCUCCAGCCGAUGGCGAGCGAAAGACGCAGAAUGCAUCCAGGCCAAAACAGAGCAGGCCGCGGAGCUCGCGCGGAGAGAAGAAAAACUCAGUCUGGUGCUGCGCGACAUAAAGACGCACACGCGAGAGCUGCUGCGGCUGCGUGAGGCCUUUGAGAGAGAGAAAGCAGAGUUCAGCCAGCAAAACGCGCUCCUGCAGUCGGAGACGCUACGCUUCCACGUAGAAAAACGCACGCUUGCGAGGCAACAGCACGCCGUCGCACGCCAGUGGGAGCGCUGUCGGGCGAUCCUGAGGAAGGCUGAAAAGCAGGGCAGUUCGCGAAGGCGAGACCCCGCCGAGGGCCGAGAAGACCGAGCCGAGGGAGACGGUGAAGCGCGUGCUCGCCGCGGAAGCACAGGAGGUAGCAGGGCGGAUGACGAUUCCGACAAAGGAGGCGACAGCCGGGAGGCAGACAGCUGGGACGAAAGCGGUGACAGACGCACAAAACAAUCCAUGUUUCCGCAUGGUGCAUGCGAACGCGACGACGUGAAGGCGCCGCGAAUAGGUUCGCUAGCGGCUGCAGAGGGGCUCCGCCCUUCGCUAGUCUCGCCCUCUCCGGCGUCGCCGGAUUCUUCGUUUUCGCGCGCGCGGCGAUUCGAGCGGCUCGCGAGGGGCGAACCCGCGGCGGCGGAGACGCCUGCGGAGCGUGAGGAUGAGACAGCAGACGCGGAGAGAGAAGAGGGAGAGAGAGACAGCGGAGUCUCUGAGAGCAGCGAAUGCAGACAGGAACAAGAGGGCGACGAGGCGAGCGGCGUGCUCCACGCAGGAGAGGAGACCGACGACUGGGCGACUGAGCCCUGCGAAAGCGUAGAAGCGCCAGAAGAGCGCCAGGGCCUCGAGGCAGAAGGAGAGAGAGGCGAAAGCAGAGAGAGAGGCGAAAGCAGAGAGAGAGGCGAAAGCAGAAAGAGAGGCGAAAGCAGAGAGAGAGGCGGCCACGAGGCAGCGCUUCAGGCGCGAGUCCACGACACGCAGAGACGAGAAGAGGGACAGCUCCAGAGCGACUUGCAGGCCCUGACAAGCCAAGAUAGCGUGCGUCAGAGGAGAGUUGACGCCGCCGAGAAACACGUCACGGGGCUCGAAAAGCAUCACGCGCAGCUCCUCGAGCGGCUGCAACAGCGCGAGGGGGAGACUGACGGCCUGCGCUCGACUCUGGCCUCGCUCCAGCGCGAACAUCGCCAGACGCUUGCGGCGCUGGCCGCUGCGCAUGCGCAGCUCGUCUCCUUGAAGGCGAAAGUUGCAAAGCUGCGCAGAGCCGAGGCGCAGGCUCGCGAGGAGGGACACCAGGCCGACAGCCGCGCCUGCGCCGCGGAGAAGCAACGCGCGGCGGCGGAAGCUGCGCUGGAGGCUGCGGCGCGAACGGCGGCAGCGAAGGAAGAGGCGCGAUACCGAGAGGCGCAGAAGGACAUGAGCAGAGCGACCAGCGAAAUCGCUGCGCUGCGGACGUCUCUGGCGGCAGCCGAGCAGGAGACAGCGAGCCUGAGGGCCUCGCAGGAGGACGAAAAAGAAGCGUGGGAGCUCCAGCUCGAGGAGAGACGCACCAUCGAGAGAAAGCUCUUAGCGCAGCUGGAGGACGCGAAGGCGGCGCUGGCGCAGAUGCUCAACGAGAGACAUGCGUACAACACGCGCAUGACCUCGUUCCAUGCACGUCUGCUUGAAGCCCCUCUGCCUCUGAAGGAUGCUCCAUCAACGACGCAGGUAGCUCCAACGCCCCUCCAGUCUCGACUCUCUGCAUGUUUUCCUUCUUGUGAUCGCCCUUUUCCCUUUUCUAGCGGCCCUGGGUCAGCCGGCCCGCAUAGCCUUUCCUUUGCCUCUCCUCCUUUUUCCCUCGCGUCUUCCACUUUGGAACUCUCGCAUCUCGUUGCAUCUGCGAAGAGAAAAUCGCCGAUGGGAGCACCGCUCGCUUGCGGCCGAGACAGCUGCUGUCUUCUCCAGGAGCUGGGAGACUGGACGCCCUGCCUGCUGCAGCCUGAGACCUCAAACGGCUUCCGCAGAGACAUCGACCCCACACGCAACCGGCAGCCUCGCGACCUGCCGCAGCCUGACCUCGUCUCCGCGUGUCUUGCGCCUGCAAAGAGGAACUCCACUUCGUCCUCAGCGUCGCAUUCAUCGUCAGUGUCUCGACAGCUCCUGUCGCCUUCGAGCGUCGCUGGAGGGCUUGGGCCCGCCAUGCGUACUCCGCACUUUCUGUCUCCGUCUCUUUCUCAGUUUGGCGGCAGUGAGGCUUCGUCGCCGCCGGGGGCCUUCGCGGCGUUCGCGCCCGCUCUCCCAAGAAGGCGCGGCUCGCCCCGUUACUGGAAGGAUGUGCACGACGAAGCAACGUCGCUUGCCGAGGGUGACGGCGACGCAUUUGGCCUCACUGCAGAUCUUACGCGCGAACUGUUAGAUGCAGCCUACGCGGGAGACAACGUCGUGCCACGCGGAGGCAGCGACGCCACGCCAGGCCGCCGAGACCCUGAGGCAAUCGCCGACAGCGCGGGAGACGCAUGCAUCGCCUUUGGCAACGAGACGCGUGGAAAUUUGAGAGAGUCGGCGCACAGCCUUUCUCUCUCGCCGUCUUCCGUGCCUCACCGGCUUGGUGCCGCAGUGCGCCAACGCGCGAAGAGUCACGAUGGCUUGAGGCCUCCAGCGGCGCCGCCCGCGAUCUGCCAGGCCGUGCCUGUCCUCGCGCCUUCCCCUCUGCCUCUGCCUCGCCUUCAGCCUUCGGGUACUGCCUCGCUGCUGCGUGCAGCCUCGCACACUCUGCCUUUUCCCCCACGCGCUAUCCUCCGCCUCCUGCUCGCUCGCUGUCUCUCGCUGCGCAUCGGCGAAGUGGCGGAGGCCCGCGGCGCGCGGGGGAGGUGCCGGGGAGCAGCCAGAAGGAAGAGGCCGCACAGAACGCGUAUGGCAAGGACGCGCCGACACGGGCGCCUGACGCAGGGAAGGAGAGAGGAAGGCGGAGAGACAGAAACCGAGAAGAACCGAGCGAGACAUGCGGCACAAAAUGCGGAGAUACAGCGGGCAGACAAGCAGAGAAUCCCGCGUGCAAAUCUCAAAGCACGACGCGAAAAAAGAGAGAUCUGA